AUGGGUUUCUCUCUUCUUCCAUCAUCACCAGCAUUUUUGGCAGUUUUUCUCCUAUCAUUUGUCACUUGGUGUCUCCAUCCUGAGCCUAUCCUUGCCAUUACCAGGCACUACAAGUUUGAUGUAUGCGUUAUGUUCUUCAGAUCUAAUAUUGUUAUGUUGCAGAAUGUGACACGCCUUUGCCACACCAAGAGCAUGGUAACAGUCAAUGGGAAGUUCCCGGGGCCUCGCAUUGUAGCUAGGGAGGGUGAUCGUCUUCUUAUUAAAGUGACUAACCAUGUCCAAAACAAUAUCUCUAUUCACUGGCAUGGAAUUCGACAGCUUCGGAGCGGGUGGGCUGAUGGACCAGCAUACAUAACUCAGUGUCCUAUAAAAACUGGACAAAGCUAUGUGUACAACUACACUAUUGUAGGACAAAGAGGCACUCUUUUCUGGCAUGCCCAUAUAUCAUGGUUAAGAUCAUCUCUCUAUGGUCCAAUAAUCAUUCUUCCCAAACUCGGCACUCCUUAUCCAUUUGCUAAACCUUACAAGGAAGUUCCAAUAAUCUUUGGAGAGUGGUUCAAUGCAGAUCCAGAGGCAAUCAUUAACCAGGCAAUGCAAACUGGUGGAGGUCCAAACGUCUCAGAUGCCUACACUAUCAAUGGACUUCCAGGGCCAUUAUAUAACUGUUCUGCCAAAGAUACUUUCAAGUUGAAGGUAAAGCCAGGAAAGACUUACCUUCUUCGCAUGAUCAAUGCCGCACUCAAUGACGAGCUUUUCUUCGGCAUAGCAAACCAUACACUCACAGUUGUGGAUGUUGAUGCAAUUUAUGUGAAACCAUUUGAUACCGACACACUUCUCAUAACCCCUGGACAAACCACAAAUGUUCUUCUAAAGACCAAGCCUCACCACCCAAAUGCCAAUUUUUUCAUGUCUGCUAUACCUUACAUGACUGGUCAAGGAACUUUUGACAAUUCAACUGUUUCUGGCAUUUUAGAAUAUGAAUAUUCACACAAAACCAUUCAAUCAAGCCGCUCCCCUAAGAAACUUCCGCUCUAUAAACCAAAUCUGCCACCUCUAAAUGACACUUCAUUUGCUGCAAACUUUACUAGCAAGCUUCGCAGCUUAGCCAGUGCAGAAUUCCCUGCCAAUGUGCCUCAGAAGGUUGACAGGCAAUUUUUCUUCACUGUAGGCCUUGGAACAAACCCAUGCUCUAAAAACCAAACCUGCAAGGGACCAAAUGGAACAAGGUUUGCAGCUUCAAUUAAUAAUUUAUCAUUUGUAAUGCCAACCACAGCUCUACUCCAAGCCCACCAUUUUGGUCAAUCAAACGGUGUUUACAAUCCUAUUUUUCCAAUCAGUCCACUAAUCCCUUUUAAUUAUACUGGCACACCACCAAACAAUACUAUGGUGCGCAAUGGAACAAAGCUAGUUGUGCUUCCUUUUAACACCAGCGUGGAGCUCAUUAUGCAGGAUACUAGCAUACUUGGUGCUGAGAGUCACCCUCUUCAUUUGCAUGGUUUCAAUUUCUUUGUUGUUGGUCAAGGUUUUGGAAACUUUGAUCCAAAGAAGGAUCCUAAAAAUUUCAAUCUUGCUGACCCCGUUGAAAGGAAUACAGUGGGAGUGCCCUCAGGAGGCUGGGUUGCUAUACGGUUUCUAGCAGACAAUCCAGGUGUAUGGUUCAUGCAUUGCCAUCUAGAAGUGCACACAAGCUGGGGUUUGAAGAUGGCUUGGGUUGUUUUGGAUGGGAAGCUUCCCAAUCAGAAGCUGCUUCCUCCACCAGCUGAUCUUCCUAAGUGUUGA